AUGUUCAGACCGUCAAAAUACCGUUUUAAUUCCAAUUCACAGCCAUGACGGGACAAUCUAAUGUCUUUCCGAGUGAACGGAACACUUUUCCACAAUGAGAAUUCAUUGCAGAAUUGUUGUGAUCGCAAUAUGUUUCGGAGUUUUUCUACUUUUGUACUUUUUGGGGGGGAAUGCUGCAGACGAGCCGCCUUUGAGAGAAGUUGCCAAAGACAACGAUUUCUCUUCGUCAUCUGGACUUGGAAACGUUGUCUCGGUGAAAAUAGCUAAACAUUCUCAACAGGAGCCUCAGAAAUCCCAGAAACAGUUCCGUCCGAACCGUAAAGAAUUGAAAAUUUCCAACAGAGGAAGCAAUGUCAAUGCAAAACUGAGACAGAGGAAUGAGGUGGGGCGAACCCGGUCAAAGGUCACGAAAGCGGAGGACGUCAUGCAUCUUGCGGUGGUGGCCUGUGGGAAUCGCCUGGAGGAGACGCUUAACAUGGUGAAGUCGGCCCUCCUCUUCAGCGUGAAGAAGAUAAAAUUUCACAUCUUUGCUGAGCAUGACCUGUCUUCACAGUUCAAGAAAGGGUUGAGCAAUUGGCCCCAUCCCUUUUCCUCCAAGUUCGAAUACACAAUUUACCCAAUCACGUUCUCUGUGGGGAAUGCAGAGGAGUGGAAGAAACUCUUUAAGCCAUGUGCUGCCCAGAGACUCUUUCUCCCAGUGAUUCUGAAGGACGUGGACUCCCUGCUGUACGUAGAUACAGAUGUGAUUUUUCUUCGUCCGAUGGACGACAUCUGGAAGUUUCUCAAAGCCUUCAACAGCACCCAGUUGGCCGCCAUGGCGCCCGAACACGAGAUUCCGAAAAUUGGCUGGUACAGCCGUUUUGCGCGUCACCCCUUCUACGGUGUCACAGGGGUCAACUCUGGGGUCAUGUUGAUGAACCUGACUCGGAUCCGUAAAACUCUGUUUAAGAACAGUAUGAUAGCAGCUGGCCUAUCCUGGGAAGACCUACUUCACCCUCUUUAUCAGAAGUAUAAAAACCACAUCACAUGGGGAGACCAGGACCUUCUCAACAUCAUCUUUCACUACAACCCAGAAUGUCUCUACAUUUUUCCAUGCCAGUGGAACUACAGACCGGAUCACUGUAUGUAUGGUAGCAACUGCAAGGGGGCAGAAGAGGAGGGUGUGUCCAUUCUCCAUGGAAACCGUGGAGUUUACCAUGACGACAAGCAGCCAGCUUUCAAAGUCGUGUAUGAUGCCAUACGAGAGUACCCUUUGGAAGAAAACAUGUUCCAGCAACUGUUUUAUCCUCUUCAGACCAAAUUCCUUGACACGGUGAACACUCUGUGUGGCAGAAUACCACAGGUGUUUCUCAAACAGGUGGAAAAGACCAUGAAGUCUAUAUAUGAAAGCAAAAUUGUACGCCACAUUCGACCCCCACCUAAGUAA